AUGUCGUUACUUUAAAAGUUUACAAAGUUAUUCAAAUCGAAGGAUGAAAUGCUAGAAUCAUUGGGAAUUUUAUUGAAACCUAAGUCUCAAAAGGAUUUUGAUGUGGCUUGUGAAUAUUUUGGAUCUUUAAUGAAGAGAUACCCAGCAGUUGUUUUCAAUCUCUUAAGAUCAAAAGAAAAUGUGGAGAGUUACUAACCUAAGGCAGAGCAUCUAUUGAAUUUAUUAUUCGUAAUUCAUGCCAACAUUUCUGAUGAUUCAGUGUGUGGAUAGUUAAGAGGACCUCCAAUUUAUUGGUUAGAUAAACUAAUAGACUGA